AUGUCUCCGCAGCAACAAAACGAAGAGAAUAAUCAAGAUAAUAGUAAGAAGGGGGAUCAGAAUCAGACAACCGAGGAAGAGAAAAAAAAACAUGAAGAGGACGAAUUUAAAACGAAUUAUCAUAUUUUCGUCGAGACGAUCUUUGAAUCUCCAAACCUUAGCCAAGAAAUCCGAAAUAAUAUCAUGAAGGAUCUCGGAGAGCUCAAAUCGGGCAAUGGUACCGACGAGCCUCAAAGGCGCUCUAGCUUAAAAUCGAGUAAUAGUAGGUCUACGAAGGGUGAAAAAUUAUAUUUCACCAAGUGUGAUGACGAGACUGGCGAUAAGGGUCCCGAGUAUAUAUAUCAGCAUCGGCUAGCUGUGGAACUCUUAGUGAAAGCGCUAUCCGAUCACUCAUACCAGAUUAUUACUCGCUUUAUGCCACCUUACUGCUCAACAGUAACUUUCUACAAGGAUACUAUCGGAUUUGUUACGGUAUCAGCCCUUAAGCCGGAAUUUGAGCUUGAUAUCACGACGCAUGGAAAGGAAAGAAACAUACACCUCACCGUCGGGGCAAUCCACACACUCAUGCAAGCUUACAAAGACACAAUUGUACUUCAUCGAUCAAAAACCGCCGUCGAGGGCCUGGAAGGGCCUGUGGAAAAUCCGCGCGAUAUUAAGGCCCAUCAAGAGGCGCUAGAAAAGCGCCAAAAGAUUCAGACUGAGGAAAAAAAAAAUCAUGCAACUAUUUCGAAACUUUCGGAGUAUAAUCAAAUGUUUAUUCGGAUCGAAGGGAAGAGCCCAGAAUUCUCACCAAAAACUAUCCUGGAAUACGGCCGCGCGGAUACACCUAGCCAGACUGAUUCUGGAGUUUUUCUAAAGCUCUUUCGGCAACUUUACCUGCGUUGCAUUGAGGACCCCCGUCUCCUGAUUCACCGGUUGCUUAUCGACAGCAAAAUCAAUUUCUCGGAAGGGCCGGGCGCCGUAUGGAACGACUACUUCCAUUACACUCACGAUGGCAAAUAUGCGCAUAAUACUCGUAUAAUAGAAGGAGAAUUAUCAGGCCGUCUUAACUGGUUCGGUCGGAGAUUGGCCACGAUUAGCCUUAACGCGACAAACGUCAUAAUAUCGGCCGCAAUUGCGUUAUUCAGCUCUGCGAAGGGGGUUAGCCAGACCGGAUUGAUUGUCUCCGGCGCAGUCCUUCUCGGUUUUCGCCUUUGGCAGAACCUUUGGUCGUACUUCAUCACAAGCUGCACGUUUGAGAAUAUUGAAAAUAAUGACUUUAGGAUGCGGAAUAUACCACAAGCUAAUACCUUAUUUGGCUUAAGAAAGCGUAACUUACAGCUAUUCCUGGCUAUGAUAUCUCCUAUAACAAGAAUUGACGCAUCUGGAUUUAAAAACACUUAUAUAGAUAUUGCAAGGACUGGAGUACUUGAAGUGUCUGACACAGCGCCAGCGGAGAUCAUUUAUUUCGCUGGGUACGUCACAAGUGCUCUAGAAACAAAGAAUUCAACAAUAGCAGCUUGGAUUCCAUUUGAUACCGAUCGAAUCACUUACCCCUCAAAUGAUAAGAUACGGGAAAUGUCGCUGAUCAAGAAUACGUUUCGACUACGUCAUCCCGGCAAGUUGGAAUGGUCGACUACACCACGGGACUCCAAGAAAAAGGCCUCAGACGAGGACCCCAAGAAAAAGCCCUCAGGCGAGGACCCCAAGAAAAAGGCCUCAACGGGUGAGCAGUCUGCUGAGCUAAAGGAUGAGCAAGUACUAAGCCGCAGACUUGUCUUGAGGCGCGAUGGAGAUAUCCUCGAAUUGCCAGAAAGACUAUGCAUGUACGGGAAAACGUGGGAGUAUCUUGUCGGAUAA